AUGAUGAGAACACGUUUCAUUCAAUUGUCCCGUCGUGCUUACGCUUCCAAUGCGAAGAAUUUAACAAUUGGUUUAAUUCCAGGUGAUGGUAUUGGUAAAGAAGUUAUUCCUGCUGGUAAGAAGAUCUUAGAAUCAUUGAACCCAAAGUACGGUCUAUCGUUUAAAUUCAUUGAUUUGCAAGCUGGUUGGGAAACCUUCCAAAACACCGGUAAGGCACUCCCUGACGAAACCAUUGAUAUCUUGAAGAACCAAUGUGAAGGUGCUUUAUUUGGUGCUGUGCAAUCACCAACGACUAAGGUUGAAGGUUACUCUUCUCCAAUCGUUGCCCUAAGAAAGAAUUUGGGACUUUUCGCUAACGUUCGUCCUGUUAAAUCUGUUGAUGGUACUAAGGACAGAAAAGUUGACCUAGUCAUCGUUAGAGAAAACACUGAAGAUUUAUACAUUAAAUUGGAAAAGUCAUACAUCGAUGAAGCCACCGGAACCAGAGUUGCAGAUGCUACCAAGAGAAUUACCGAAAUAGCAACCAAAAACAUUGCUACUAUCGCUCUACAAAUCGCUCAACAGAGAUUGGAACAGAACGGUCAUGCCACUUUAACAGUUACUCACAAAUCCAAUGUUCUUUCACAAUCUGAUGGUCUUUUCAGAGAGGUAUGCAGAGAAACUUAUGAAGCUAACAAGGACAAGUACGGAGGUGUCCAAUAUAAUGAACAAAUCGUCGAUUCCAUGGUUUACAGAAUGUUCAGAGAACCAGAAUGUUUCGACGUUGUUGUUGCACCAAACUUGUACGGUGACAUUCUUUCUGAUGGUGCUGCUGCCCUAGUUGGCUCCUUGGGUGUUGUUCCAUCUGCCAAUGUUGGUCCAAACAUCGUUAUUGGUGAACCAUGUCAUGGCUCUGCCCCUGAUAUCGCUGGUAAAGGUAUUUCUAAUCCAAUUGCCACCAUCAGAUCCACUGCAUUGAUGUUGGAAUUUUUGGGUUACCCAGAACCGGCAAAGGAUAUCCACAAAGCUGUUGAUGCCAACAUCAGAGAGGGUAAAUACUUGACACCAGAUCUUGGUGGUAACUCCACCACCCAACAAGUGUUGGAGGAUGUUCUAUCUAAAUUAGAUUAA